AUGAACACCCCAUCGAUCUCAGCUGCACUCGUCUCCGGAAAGCAGGAGACUAACCUUGCCGGACUGGCAACCAUCAACUUUGAUUUUUCACUGGUCAAAGUCGAGCCGCCCCUCGAAUAUCGGGGCUUAGGCGCUUGCCUCUCAAAAGACCGACGCGAGGUCGCAGAGAACGGCCUGCAACAUGUUACCGCAAGGAAACUUGGUGCUUUGUUCCGCUCAGCCCUACCGGAAGUCGUCUACCUCGUCAAAGCCUACGGAGCUCGUGUGUCAGAGAUAGCAGAAAGUCCGACCUCCAAUUCUGGCAGUAAGAGAGACAACGGUGCAUUUGCCGAUUUCGUUGGUGCCGAUGGCACUUCGAUCUGGGCUGCGGCAACUUCAGGACGUGAUGCCAUACUUGCUCAUCUUCUGGCUUGCAUGUUGGCGAGGAUGUGGUCCCACCAGGAGGCAACAUCAAUCUGGCACGAGCUCGUCGAGGCCCGCCGGAAGAUUCUGCAAACUGAAGCAUCUGAUCCAGUGGCGUUGGCGGCCAGCCAGGCUACUUUGACGCGUGCUCAACUUGCUGAUUGGGACGCCAGUGCUCGUUCCUGGCUGCAGGUAGCCGAUGCAGCCAAGUUUCGCAGCCAGAAACAACUCAUGCUGAUCAUCCAAGAGUUUGGCCUCGUGGUCAACACCAAAAAGAACCUGUAUGACAGUGUUCUGGAUGCUUGGGCGCAGGCACUAGGUGUAGUAAACAGACUUGUCCAAGGCAUACCGCAAAACGUCCAAAGCGGCGCCAUCUUAUUGGGGCUAGCAUCAUGGCACCUCUAUCCCAAUAUACUGGCCUUGGGAAGUUCUUCGAAUCAGGUCGUGGAACAAAAGGAUUCAUUACUUCCGGACGGGGGCUUGCUCACACUCGGGGUCAAGUCCGCAUCCCCAACUCUACCUGAAGGAAUAUUUUGGUCGUUACCCUUGGCAUACCUGCGAUAUUAUGGAAAUGCCGUCACAAUCACUAAGGCAGUCAGCGAUAACCAUGGCUAUGGCUCGAUGAAAGAUCUUGCACUGAUAGCCUUGGGUUGCCUAUUCCCGGACCGCGCCUUCGAGGAGCGAACGUUUCUCACUGUUGCAAGAUUGGUCUCCCUCCUUGAGUCUCAAUUUGUGAAAUUACAAGCCGUCAAGCAAGAAGGCUCGACCAGACCCUGCCCUGACUGGUUGCAGUUUCUCUCCCAAGCCGCCAACGAGUUGCUCAGUGCCCGCAAAGACGAUGCCAAAACGAUGUUGAAGAGGGUCUCCUUUGGCAGCCGCAGGUGCGAGCGCUUCCUCUCGAGGUCAAGUGUCUCGUCGUAUCCAUUCUCCGUUCUUUGGCAGACGGAAAUUUAUUUUCAACUCCUGGGGACUGUGGAGCUCAAGAUCGAGUUCCUGCGGAAGAUCGCCAGCCGACUUGUUGGCAAGGGCUCCGACCAACAAAUGAUAAUAGCCUACCGAUCAUCGCCUGGGGAUCCUCUGUCUUUGGCAACGGCAUUCCCUAUUGCAUCUGAAGCCGCCGCCAAAGAAGAGACCAACCCGGCUACACGAGAAGAGGCACAGCAUUGUCGCUGGCUUGGCGGCCCUCCGGGACAUCUGCCAUUGAUGUCGGAACAGUUUUCAGUGAUUGACACCAGCAAGGCUCUAGUCAGCUGCCCUUCUGCGCUAGCCUGGGUUGGUGCUCCAAAGCCUUUCACCUGCAAUUCCAAGCUAGGCGAUGAGGAAGACUACAAAAGAUACUUCACGUCACCCACUAGAUGGUCGCAGCACGAUGGCAGCUUUCUCCCUAGUGCACACUCUGAAGACUUCAUGUCCUUGUUUUUAGAAGUCAUGGAACGCUAUGUACCACUCGACACGGUAGAGGACGACUUUGCAAUUGUCGAAGAGCUCCCUGGAAUAGCAAUUUUUCACCCUUUUUUGGCGACUCUGCUUCAGCAGCAUUAUAUACCAGUAGACACUAGCCAGCUCUGCUCCUUGAUUGAUACAGGGGAGGUCCUUGAUGGUAAACAGCUGAGGUCAAUCCAAUGUCUAGCUAUCGCAUCGGCAAUCUAUGACCAGAUGCCUGGCGCAAGAGUCAAUCUGGAUGUCACUCAGCACACGAUACACACUUGCCGUUGGGUGGGUUCUGGCCGCAUACUCCCAUAUCGAACCUGGAUGUCAUCAGAAAUAUCGAGAAGGAAAGCGUUUGCAUGCAUAACCUGGUUUGAGACCGGGAGCAUUGACCUCUCACCAACCGAUUUGGCCCAGGCAAUGGCACUUUCCAUUGGCAAUUCCUUGUUUAUUGCUGCUGCAUUGCUCCGCGAUCCUUCUGAUGAUAGCGCUCAAGCCACGGUCACUCGAGUCAACGGAAAUAUUGGCAAAGCAGGCUUUGCCAUUCUGAUUCCGCCACCAGACCCGCUUUCGAAGACCGUCGGCCAUGAAUCUUUCAAUGUUAUCAACCAUGCUCCGUAUGAUGGCAACUUCCAGGACAGCUUCGAACACACAUCGAUGCACCUCUCCCUGACAGAUUAUUCCAUUCCCUUUGCUACAGAACACAAAAGUUUCCGGGAUGUUGAAGCCUAUUUCCAAGAGGCAGUUAUUUCCGUGUUUGAUCGCUCCGAGUGGGUCGCCGACCUGGAUGUGCUGAAGAGUCUGGCCUCAAUCAAGCAUUACCGCACCGAAAGUAAGGGGUCAAAGCAUAGUUCCGCAGAAUGCGGGCUGUAUAACCCUUUCGACGAAGCGAGCACAAAUCUGACCAGUGUCGACACCUGGGCGGAGCUCAUUGACCGUCCACUGGGAGCUGCGGUGGUACGAGCUAGGGGUAACUGGGUUGGUCGAUUAGCUGCUGCCUGUCUAAGUGUCCAGAGAAACCACGAAACCUUGGUUCUCCCAAGCACGGUCAGCUGCUGGACUUGGCCCGCAAAGAGCAACGAACUAUUUGAUUACAUUCUUUCGGCCGUGCAGACGAAGAAGCCGAUCACCUUCAUCAUGUGA